CCUGCUUGCUCACAGCAGAAAAUCCUUUCACCUGCCAGGAGCUAUCAUUAGACAAGGCAACACUGGAUUUUUUUUGACCCUGAAAAUGAACUUUAGGAGGAUUUUCCUAGUCAAGUGCUUGCUGCUUUUAUUUCCCAGUGUAAAAUGCUCCAGCACCAGCUGGAUUUACAAGGCAGUGAAUGAGACAGCUCUUCUCAGCAUCACUGCUCCUGGGAGCUUCUAUGAGGCAACAUGGACCAAGGGCAGACAAAGGUUGGUGCAGAUCAAAGGUAACAGCGCCAGGCACUUUGUGAACAAGGACCAGUGCAGGUGUGCGAUACUCCGGAAUGGGACCCUGCAAAUCAAGAGCGUGGAGAAAGGGGACAGUGGAAACUACACAGUGAUGGCUUAUCAGCAGGAUGGAAAACUGAAGGCAGAAGAAAAUAUAAUGUUCUUUGUUCAGGGACCUGUCCCUCAGCCAAUCCUCACAGCUGAAUGUGGGAAUAAAAGUGUAUCUGUCAAGUGUGAAGCAAAAGAGAAGGCUAAGGAUGAAGCAUUUCUAAUGGAACUGACUCAACCCAAUGGCAAAACAAUCCAAAAGAAUGCGACGGUGCUGGAAUGGCACGGGCGCAACUCUGGGACGUUCCGAUGUGUUGCUAAGAACCAAGUCAGUGAAAAAAUGGCUGAAAAAAUCAUUAAGUGCCCAGGCAAGAUGGACUUUUACCUCAUCUCAAGCAUAGCAGGAGGUGUAGUCAUCUUUGUCAUCUUUGUGAUUUGUCUUAUUUAUUGUAUCAGAAGGAAGAAAAUAAAAAGGCGUGAAGUUUAUGAGGAGGAGCGAGUGAUGCAGCCUCUGCCCGUGGACCGCGAGAGAGGGAUGCGGGAGCUGCCUCAGACUCCAUCCACCCCCACCCCGAAGCGGCUGCGGGUGCAGCAGCGGCCACUGCCCCCACAGCCCCCACAGCCCCAGCAGCCGCUGCCCCCACGGCCCCAGCCGCGGCCCCGCGCACAGCCACGGACCCCAAACCUCCCCAGAGAAAGGCCCUGAGCUGACAACCUGGGAGGAGGGAUGCUGGUCUCUCUGCUCCACCCUUCCCUGGGAAAAGAAGGUUUCUCACAGCCAGGAGCCCCUCCUGCCCAGGCCUGUGUAAUGCUCAGCUAUGAAAAGGCGGCUUUCAUUGCAGAAAAUUAGAGAGAGCGUCAAAUGGAGACGAAGAGACCCGGUGGAGGAGGCUCAAGGUGAUGGGCAUUCAGCCCUGUGGCCAUUUUUUUACAGCUGUCUUCAUGUUAGGAUAUGGAUAUGGAGCACUGAGCCUUGAAACCUGUGUCUUUCACUUGUUUUUACUGCACCUUGUUGUCUUCGUGCUUUUUGGAUGGUUUUCACCAAGAAGAAGCUAAAGCUCUACUGAGACAAAAUGGACCCAUGGAUCUUACGGGGUUUUAUCUCCUGCUACACAUUAGGACAGCUCUCUGGCUCCAGCAUCAAAUACACGGCCUCCUGGACCAAAAAAUAAUUGUAUGUAAUGAAAUAUUUGUCUGAAGUUGAAAGGAUUUGUGUUGCAUAAUGCAGAGAAAAUAUUUAAAGGACAUGAGAGAGCCUUGAAGCACCUGUGUGGGAAAAACACAAAUGGGAAAGGAAUAAACAUUUCCCCUUUCUCCACUGUGUUUAGAAAGGAACUGUGGGUUUGAACUGCAGCAAGGGAGAGUUAGGUUAGUAUUUUAUUUUAUUUUUUUUAAUGAAACACUGAGAGAGAUCUCUGGGAGAGGUUCUCCAACACUGGGGUUUCAAAGGGUGGAUGAGAAUGAGUAAUGAGAACAUCCUGUGAAGGCUCUGUCCUGGCAAGGGCCAGGAGAUUGUGCUACACAGCCUCUUCAGGGACAGUUUCAACCCCAUUUUC